AGACGCCAUUUUACAUUCUAGAACAUUGUAGAACUCGUGGAGACGACGUAAAUUGUAUCGGAUAACAUCUCAUUUGUUCAUUAAAAUUUGACAACUUAAACAAUUCUAUUAUAAACUAGAAUAACCAGCAAUUCAUAAUGCCUGGACAGGUUGCCAAGAGGGCUGGUAAAAAGUCCGAAUAUCAAGAUCGUGACAAGCCAAGUCAAAUUCGCUACAGUAACAUCACUGCUGCGAAAGCUGUUGCAGACGCCAUCCGGACAAGUCUGGGUCCAAGGGGUAUGGACAAAAUGAUCCAGGGCAGUUCAGGAGACGUUACAAUCACAAAUGAUGGUGCCACCAUUCUAAAGCAGAUGCAGGUGCUUCAUCCAGCUGCCAAGAUGUUGGUUGAACUUUCCAAGGCCCAAGAUAUAGAAGCAGGCGAUGGAACCACCUCUGUUGUAGUGAUUGCUGGAAGCCUCCUUGAUGCCAGCCAGAAAUUACUCGCAAAGGGAAUACAUCCGACGACGAUAUCAGAAUCUUUCCAAAAUGCUGCAGCCAAGGCUUGUGAAAUAAUUGAGGAAAGUGCUGUCAAGUUAGAACUCAGUGACAGAGAAACACUCUUGAAAAGUGCUGCGACAUCUCUCAAUUCAAAGGUUGUCUCACAGUAUUCAAGCAUAUUAUCUCCCAUCACAGUAGAUGCUGUACUCAAGGUUAUUGACCCAGCCACUGCCACUAACGUGGAUCUCAAUGAUAUCAGAGUAAUUGAAAAAUUAGGGGGUACCGUAGAAGACACUGAACUAGUUGAAGGUGUUGUAUUUAAUCAGAAAACUGCCGGGUCUGGUCCUCAUCGAGUGGAGAAAGCUAAGAUAGGCCUUAUCCAGUUCUGUUUGUCACCACCCAAGACUGAUAUGGAGAAUGAAGUUGUUGUGUCUGAUUAUGUGCAAAUGGACCGCGUCUUGAAGGAAGAACGACAAUACAUAUUGAACCUUGUCAAACAAGUCAAGAAAGCUGGCUGCAAUGUGCUACUCAUUCAAAAGUCUAUUCUGAGGGAUGCCAUCAACGACUUAGCCCUUCACUUCUUGAACAAAAUGAAGAUUAUGGUCAUAAAGGACAUCGAAAGAGAGGACAUUGACUUUCUGUGCAAGAGUUUAGGAUGCAAGCCCAUCGCUAGUAUAGACCACUUCACCCCAGAGAUGUUAGGAUCUGCAGAGUUGGUUGAAGAGGUUCAAGCUGGGGGUAGUAAGAUUGUCAAGGCCACUGGUGUUAUGAAUCCUGGCAAGACUGUGUCUGUUCUUGUACGUGGUUCGAAUAAAUUGGUCCUUGCUGAAGCUGAACGGUCAAUCCAUGACGCUUUGUGUGUUAUUAGGUGUCUUGUCAAAAAGAGGGCUCUGAUUGCUGGAGGUGGUGCCCCAGAGAUCGAACUCUCCCUACAGCUGAUGAAGUAUUCCAACACACUCGCAGGAAUGGAACAGUACUGCUUCCGGGCAUUUGCUGAUGCCUUGGAGAUUAUUCCAUUCACCCUAGCAGAGAAUGCAGGGUUAAACCCCAUCUCCACAGUUACUGAGCUCAGGAACAAACAUGCAAAGGGAGAGAAAACUGCUGGUAUUAAUGUUAGAAAGGGCUGCAUUACCAAUAUUCUGGAGGAGAAUGUUGUUCAGCCUCUGCUGGUCUCAACCAGUGCCAUCUCACUUGCUACUGAAACUGUCAGGAGUAUCAUGAAGAUUGAUGAUAUUGUCAAUGUAGUUGGACGUCAUCAUUAGGGAUGUUUGAAACAUAUCUAUCAACUAAUUUUGGAAAGCAAUGGAUUUCAAGCUCAUCCACACUUUGUGAUGGAAUAAUGUCGGUCUUGUGCUUCAUCAGACAUUUCUUUGUUGCUUUGGUCAGGAUGCAUGGACUUCUGCAGUAUAUGAUAAAUAGAUGUCACUUUGUUGAUUAUUUGUUACAUAACUAGGACAACUAUGUUAACUUUAUUGAUAUGUUAUCAUCACAAAAAAGCUGACAAAACUCGUUUUUAAAGUGGUAUAAAACAACCAAUUUGAUUCGGACAUUUUGUUUGGUACAAAUAUCCCCUUCUCUUGAACCCCCAAUUUGUAUGUCCAAACAUCAAGUCAAACUUUCUGGAUGACUGUGGAAAGCCGAACUUGUACCAGGUUGUCUCCAGUAAGCUGAGAGAGCUGGGUUGGGAACUUUUGUUUUGAAUCGGGAGCAAAUAAGAUAAAAUUGCUUGUCACCAUGUCUGGUUCCUGGUAGUCUGUGACGAGGAUGUGAUAUUUGAAAAUAUAGUUAAGGUGUGCUCUUAAUUUACAUACUUCGUGUAGCUUUUUGUAAGAUUUUUUUGACAAAUAUAAUGUAUCUAUUUCAGUUUAAAAUAUUGAUGUAAAUUCAGUGACAAUAAUAACCAACAUCACUGAAACUGA